UAUUAGUUGUCAACAUGUCUUCACGGUGUUUCAAAAUGACGAAUGGAUUUUAUAGGAUGCGGUUUUUAACGAUUGUGUUGAUCUUGCUCCACGUGUCGUCAAGUUGGUGCCUUUCGUUGGAAGAUGAAAACGCGUGCACGUUCGAACAACUAGUCACAAGGACAAUAGCCAGGAGUUUACCAGUUAGUAACACACAGUUUUACCAAACAAAAUGUGGAUUAUUCGGUUGGAAGAGUUGUACAGCUCAAAGAACAGUUUACCGCAUUGGAUACAGACAGAGUUUCCAAACAGUUACUCAGGAAGUAAUUGAUUGUUGCGCUGGAUGGUCACUUCGACCGGAAACUGACGAUUGUUUGAGCCCUAUCUGCGAUCCAUCUUGUGUGUCCGGUCAAGGAAGAUGUUCCGCCCCUAACUCCUGCAGCUGUUAUCCAGGGUAUGUAGGAUCUCGCUGCCAGCAGUCUUGCCCAACCGGAAGCUACGGACAAAACUGCGCUUCAAGGUGUAGAUGUCAGAACAGCGGAGUGUGUAACGCUGUAACGGGGUCAUGUGCCUGUACUGCUGGUUGGAGUGGGGAUACUUGCGAUCAACCGUGCUCCGAGGGUCGCUACGGGGCAGGGUGUAGAUUUCAAUGCCAGUGCAGGGAGGACACCAGUAGUUGUAGUCGUCAUACAGGGUCGUGUUCGUGUCAUCCGGGUUGGACGGGGACUCUGUGCGACAACACUUGUCCUGCUGGACACUACGGUGCAGGUUGCAGUAGUAACUGUACAUGCCAGAAUGGUGCUUCGUGUCAUCAUGUGAAUGGAUCCUGUAGCUGCUUACCAGGAUGGGAAGGUCCACUCUGUGCUGCUGCAUGUACAGAGGGCUUCUACGGUGAUCAGUGCUCUAAUACAUGCCAGUGUGAAAAUGACGCAACUUGUGACAAGGCAAAUGGACACUGCAGGUGUACAGCGGGUUGGCAGGGAGCAUCAUGUAGUCAACCUUGUUCUCAGGGGACCUAUGGUAUUGACUGUCGUCAUCAAUGUCAAUGUCAGAAUAACGCUUCUUGCAGUCAUGUCAAUGGGACUUGUUCCUGUACUCCUGGUUGGAUUGGUGAGCAUUGUGGCAAUGCCUGUGAAGUAAACUUCUAUGGAGACGAUUGUCAGUCCGAGUGUGAGUGUUUGAACGGCGCAGCUUGCCACCAUGUUACUGGAGAAUGUCGCUGUACGGCAGGAUUUACUGGGAGGUAUUGCGGUGAUGCGUGCCAAGAAGGACAGUACGGUUUGGACUGUGCUAGUGAAUGCUCAUGCCUGAAUGAUGCACACUGUCAUCACAUUACAGGAAACUGUGAAUGUACACCAGGAUAUGCAGGUGUUCGGUGUGCUCAACACUGCCCAACUGGGUUUUACGGAGAUAACUGUACAGAAAGUUGUGAAUGCAAUAACGGCAAUUGUCACCACAUCACCGGCCAGUGUACAUGUCACUCUGGGUGGCAGGGACAGACAUGUGACAGUGUUUGUGAUUCUGGUUACUAUGGCGACCAGUGUAACGGAGAGUGCCGUUGCAUGAACGGGGCAUCAUGUCACCAUGUCACUGGAUCGUGUACUUGCACUGCUGGCUGGUCGUCGGAGCUCUGUGACCAGGAGUGUGAUAGCAGUUUCUUUGGCCUAGCCUGUGCCUCCCACUGUAGAUGUGAGAAUGGUGCAACUUGCCAUCAUGUUACUGGUGCAUGUAGCUGUUCACCAGGCUAUACUGGGGAGUUUUGUCAAGAGAUCUGUAAUGGUGUCUAUGGUCAAGAUUGCAGCUUUCCUUGUCUGUGUCAAAACGGAGCAUCUUGCCAUCAUGUGACUGGGGAUUGUACUUGCUCUUAUGGCUGGAUUGGUAUCAUAUGUAACCGUCCAUGUACAGAUGGUUUCUAUGGUAACCAGUGCCUAGACGAAUGCUUAUGUGAGAACGAUGCUGCUUGUGAUCAUGUGACUGGGAGAUGUAAUUGUACCAGUGGGUGGCAAGGAACAUACUGUGACUCUACAUGCAAUGAAGGACAUUAUGGACUAGACUGCGCUCAACAAUGCUACUGUCUGAACGGUGCAAGCUGCCACCAUGUGACUGGAGAGUGUCAAUGUGCACCGGGAUACACCGGUGACUUGUGUGAAAACUCCUGUACUGCUGGAGAAUAUGGUCCAGAUUGUCUUCUGGAAUGUCAAUGUCAAAAUGGAGCCUUAUGCGAUCAUCGUAACGGUAGCUGCCUGUGUACGCCUGGUUGGAUUGGCUUAUACUGUGACGAAACCUGCCGAGCUGGUACCUAUGGAGAACAGUGUCGUCAUCAAUGUAUCUGUCAGAAUGAUGCAGUCUGUGAUCAUGUGUCUGGCUCCUGCCUCUGUCAGCCUGGAUGGAUAGGAGAUGCAUGUGAGACUCUUUGUAGGCAAGGUCACUUUGGUCAAGAUUGUAGUUUCCUGUGCACGUGUCAAAAUGGUGCUGUAUGCGACGCUGUGUCUGGGACCUGUACUUGUGCCCCAGGUUAUCAAGGUGUGAAUUGUGACGCAGCAUGUCAUCAGGGGAACUUCGGCCAAGACUGUCUUGAAAUCUGCGAUUGUUUGAAUGCGGCAUCGUGCGACCAUGUCAAUGGUUCCUGUGCAUGUUUACCAGGCUGGGAGGGUACUGUCUGCGGCAGUGCGUGCCAGGGCGGUAUGUACGGAGACGGAUGCGCUCAGAGUUGUUUGUGUCUGAAUGACGCACUUUGUCAUCACAUAGACGGGACUUGUAACUGUACGGCAGGAUGGAUGGGGGCGCUGUGCGGAGACAGUUGCGAAGAUGGUCACUAUGGAUACAGAUGUAGAGAGCAGUGUAUGUGUCAACAUGGUGGAGUGUGCAAUCACAUCAAUGGGUGGUGCUCAUGUCAACCGGGUUGGCAAGGAGAAAUCUGUGAGAGACCAUGUGACCCUGGUUACUAUGGUGAUAACUGUCAAUCUGAGUCGGAGUGUCAGAACGGAGCGAGGACCCAUCAUGUUACAGGAGAGUGUUUUUGUACACCAGGCUGGGCUGGGCUGCUUUGUGAAAAUCCUUGCCCAAUAGGUUCCUAUGGAAGUCAGUGCAACCAGACAUGCCUUUGUAAAAACGGAGCAACAUGUGACCAUGUGAACGGGACUUGUUACUGCAGCUCUGGUUACAUUGGAAUCUUCUGCAACGAGCCAUGCGAUGAAGGUACCCAUGGUCUAGACUGUCAAGCCAAUUGCACCUGUCUCAAUAAUGCAACCUGCGAUCAUGUGACUGGUAACUGUGCAUGUACCGAUGGUUGGAUCGGCCCUUCAUGCGCCUUGCCGUGUGGCGAUGGGUUCUUCGGUUCUCAAUGCCAACAGGAAUGUCGAUGUGAGAACGAGGGACGAUGCGAUCAUGUGACUGGGGAGUGCUCGUGUUUGCCGGGGUACAUCGGAGAAUACUGUGAAGAACAGUGUCAACGACCAGGACUUGGUUACGGCCUGGGUUGUCUGGAGCUAUGUGAAUGUCUGAACGAUGCUUACUGUAACCCUAUCAAUGGAUCAUGCUCAUGUACCCCUGGAUGGUUGGGAACCCACUGUGAUACGCCUUGCCUAGAGGGCUACUUUGGCAACGGCUGUACCCACAUCUGUACUUGUCAGAAUGGAGCUACGUGUGAUCAUGUGACAGGAGAUUGUCUUUGUGCACCAGGUUGGAGGGGUCGCAACUGCUCUGAACCCUGUGGCACAGGAACGUAUGGUGUGCUCUGUAGACAGACCUGCACAUGCCAAAACGGCGCAAGCUGUAACCAUAUAGAUGGUGACUGUACCUGCACAGCGGGAUGGCAUGGUGUUCACUGUGAGAUGAUGUGUGAGGCUGGCACCUAUGGGUUACUCUGUGAUCAACGCUGUCUGUGUCAGAACGAAGCACGUUGUGAUCAUGUGACAGGGGUUUGUUCUUGUACCCCUGGGUGGGAGGGUGAUCAUUGUGAGGCGUCAUGUCAAUCUGGUUGGUAUGGUGAGUCAUGUCAUCAAGUCUGUCGCUGCGAGAAUGAUGCAGAGUGUAACCACAUCAAUGGAUCCUGUGCAUGCACUGCUGGAUGGAUGGGAGUAUGGUGCCAGACUCCAUGCCAAGAGGGUUAUUUUGGGAUGCGCUGUCUUGAUGUGUGUCCCUGUCAGAACGACGCAUCCUGUAACCCAGUGACUGGUCAUUGUUCCUGUACCCCGGGCUGGCAAGGUGACUCCUGCCAAUACAGGUGUCCGGUUGGCUCCUACGGGCAGAAUUGUCACUCUGCGUGUCAGUGUCAACAUGACGGGGUGUGUCACCAUGUCACCGGUGAAUGUGACUGUCAACCCGGUUGGAUUGGUCAGAUAUGUAAUGUGACAUGUCCUGAGGGAUAUUACGGCUGGCAGUGUUCGUCACUCUGUGAAUGCCAUAAUGAUGCCGUCUGUGUCGCAACCACCGGUCAGUGUUUGUGUCCGCCCGGGUUUUAUUCUUCCCUGUGUGAGUUGCCGUGUCCAGUGGGGUUAUACGGUCACCUGUGUCUUGACACGUGUGCGUGUCAGAACGGGGCUUACUGUGACAACGUGAACGGUCAAUGCACAUGUACGGCAGGUUGGCAAGGAGUAAAUUGCAGCCAGUCUUGUCAGGAUGGUUCGUAUGGACUCAAUUGUACGUCUACCUGUGAAUGUAUGAACGGAGCUCGGUGUGAUCACGUCAAUGGAGACUGCCAAUGUCUACCAGGUUGGAUAGGUACGAGGUGUGAUGAGGUGUGUCCGAGAGGGUCCUAUGGGCAGUACUGUGGCUCUUUGUGCUUGUGUAUGAACGGGGCGGAGUGUGAUCCGGUUGAUGGUAACUGUACAUGCCAACCAGGGUACAAGGGGGACUUGUGCAUGAAUCUGUGUCAUGAAGGAACAUAUGGUCAGGAUUGCCUCAACAGUUGCUGGUGUGAGAAUGCUGUCCAUUGUUCACCACAUACCGGGGAAUGCCUCUGUAGCAACGGCUGGAUUGGUGAGCACUGCGACACGGCAUGUGACGAGAAUUGGUACGGUGAAAACUGCACACUACAGUGUCGCUGUCAGAAUGAUGCGUUGUGUGAUCAUGUGACAGGGUCAUGUGACUGUACACCUGGCUGGAAGGGACCAUCAUGUGAUCGACACUGCUGGGAAGGAAUGUUCGGACACCACUGUGAUGAGAUUUGCCUCUGCGAGAACGGCGCACACUGCAACCAUAUUAGCGGCUCAUGCAUCUGUCGGCCUGGAUGGAUCGGCCAAUAUUGCAACAUUACUUGCCCUAGUGGAACGUACGGUGACGCCUGCAGCCAGAACUGCAGCUGCAUGAAUGAGGGCGUUUGCGACGCCAGGACUGGGUCUUGCUGGUGUAAACCUGGAUGGACUGAUGAUGAUUGUUCUUUGCUUUGUAGUGAAAACACGUACGGACACGGGUGUAACUACAUAUGUCAAUGUGAGAAUGAGAGUCCAUGCCACCAUGUGACAGGUCAUUGCAACUGUACAGAUGGGUGGACUGGACAGCAUUGCAACCGACCAUGCCAAGAGGGUUUCUACGGUCACCGAUGCAGCUACGCCUGUGAUUGCGUCCAUGGUGUAUGCGAUCAUAUCGCAGGUCAUUGUGCCUGUUUGCCGGGUUGGCAAGGUGCCAACUGCUCCGCUCCGUGUAAUGAAAGCUACUACGGCAACGAAUGUCUGCAGGAGUGUCAAUGUAACAACGAGGGAUCAUGCAACCCUGUGAACGGUAACUGUGACUGUCUGGAUGGAUGGAAAGGUGUAUACUGCGAGAGCAACUGCAAUUGGGGAUACUACGGCCGAGGGUGCGCCCUCAAGUGUGCGUGCCCAGGUGAUGUCUGUGACCAACGGAAUGGCAGCUGCCCGGAGAGAAAGGAGUGCGAGAAAGGGAAAUGGGGCUGGAGCUGUGAGCAUAGCUGUGUGUGUUACAACCAAGCGACAUGCAACCAGACGGAUGGUGUAUGUAUCUGCAGGAAGGGAUUUGGGGGAACCGAGUGUGAAAUAGUCUUGUCUCUGAAGGCACAAAAUACUUCCAAUGGAUUUGGAGCGAGACCUAAAAGUGAAGAAGAAAAGAAAAACAACAAAUCUGGAGAAACUGCUGUGAUCGUAGUAUUGUGCUUUCUUGCAGCAGUUGCCAGUACAAUCAUCAUAGUCUGUCUGGUAAAAAGGAAACGCAAACAAAAGAGACUAGAUGUUCAGAGACUCUCCGAGGCUGAUGGUUUAGCAUCUUGCAGAGGUUCAUCCAUGACUAGUAAUAGUAUCACUGAUGAUAAGGCUCUUGUGGAUACUGGCAAGGACACGGCAAACACGAGACCCCAGCAGAAGGCAAACGGCCAAGGUCCUGAUUUGGUCAUCGAGAAUCCAGUGUUUGGAGUAGACUUUGAGUGAUUACAUAGCACCAUGACUAGUACUUAUAUAAUUUCCCUGGCUGUGGUGUUCAGCUGACGUUGGGCUGUUAUUGGCCGAGCCCAAUUUCAUGGCACUGCUGACCACAGAAUUCUACGCUUACUGAGUCCAACCUGGCAAGUGGAUACCAACAUGGUGUUGCCGUAAGCCAAAUAUAGAUUGAUACCUAACCAUGCAAUGCCUCAAUGCCAGCUUUCUCCAGAAGACGAUCAGAGCAUACUGAAUGAAACGUCGAGUUGAAAC